AUGCUUCAGGUUGAAAAACAAAGAACAAAAGUAGCAGAUACAAAACCAUCCCCACACCAUCAAAACUCUCAGCAACCACCCAAAUUUCUUCACUCUCCCAACAACAAACCAUCCCCACACCAUCAAAACUAUAUCUUUACAAAUGCUGGUAGGACUAUUUCAGAUGAAGAAAUUUCAUCCCGAGCAUACAGGUUUGACUAUCCAAUUCGUUGGCUUCAAAGUCCUUCAGAUGCAAAGGCAAUAGGAUUUAGAAGAGUUUUGUUUUCAAAUAGAACUAACGCAUUUAUGUUCGCAGUAUAUUUUCAUGGGCAGUAUGAAGGUUCUGAUGGUCUAAUAGACAAAUUUGACGAAAUGAGAAUCUUUACAGUUCGUUCAGACGAAAGUCUUGAGAAAACUCUAGAUGACUUUCAAACUCAAAUGAACAAAUAUUAUUGGGAAUUUCAAGAAAAAUACAACUCUUUACUAAAUGGAACAUACUAUCUGAAACUAGAAUAUGACAAGAUGAACUCCACCGUUUCAUUUCAAAAGAUUGAAAUUAACCCUCCAAGAGAUACAGAGUUUUUAUUUUGGGAAGUAGACAAACGUUCUUGGGCACAAUUUCUUCGGUUACUAAACCAGAACGAACCAUUACCACCAGAUGGUCCAUUUAAAUUUAUACUUCCACCAGCAGAUUUGAUGGUUUAUAGAAACGUGUUUGACCCUCAAAAUGUUAUGUGUCAUGCAAUUUUCAGUUCAAGCAACAAUAGUUUUCUAUGUAUUGGUAAGGACCUUUAUGACUUUGCUUCUAAAUUCUACGAACCACCUAGUAACAGUUUCUCUGACUUUCAAGUUUGGUUCACAACAAAUGGUGUGCAAGAUAUUAUUCCAUUGUACUAUGACUUUUAUCUCGAAUU